GUCCGCACCUCGUUUCAUAUGUGUCCAGUUCCCCGGAAAAGUAUGGCCACGAGGAGAGAAAGAAUGACAAUGACAAACAAGUCCAUCAUGAUAGCAGAACCAUUCAUCUCAUCAUUGACUGGCGUAAGGGUGGAGGCUGAGAAGCUCGCUUGGCUACACAACUACUUCCAGUCCUUCUCAUCUUGGCUUGCCUCCUUCGGAAGUGUGUGUAUUGGUUAUUGUCGUAGAGCAGACCAGCAAACCUAUUGUUUUCCAAGACUGUUGCGCCCUUUGUCCUGCCAGGUAGUAUGUAGGACAUUCCCACUGUCGCCUUCCCAAGCUUGGGAAGUGUGCUCACUCACUCACACACUGCAGAUACUGUUCUUGUCAAGAGCCCCAGCCCCCCGCUCAGCAACUCAACUGCCGUGCCUGGUGCCGCUUCCCAGCGGGCUGUGCCACUUCUACAAGCAACGAGGGGCAGAUAACUUCUCCCCGGCACGAAACUUCUUCCAACGCCCUUCCGCUGUGCUGACCGCACCAGGUCUUGAAGUUGCGCGCUUUUGCGGCACACGAAGUCACAAGGCAGAGUCGGCUUGACCAACCACAACUUCGAAAUGAGCCACAUCCCAGGCAGAGAAAAAAAAAAAGAACGUCUUCACUGAACUGUCCCCAGAAGCAGGGCCUGCCCGGGGGACCGGGAGGGGGGGUAACCUCACAGAAGGCACCACUCGGAUGGGCUGCUAAAAUAAAGAAAAACAUGAGUCAAAAAACACAACCUCCCUCCCUCCUCCCUCUCCGCAAAAAGCAGAAGCGCCAGAAAAGAAAACCCAGGGAACUAGUCUCCACGCAAGCCAGGUUUGGUGGUGGAGUCCUGAUGGCGGUCUGGAGAGAAAAUCGGACCUGCAUCCCCCCAUCAUGUCCAAAACUUACGGAUUGGCUUCGGGCCAGCCAGAGAACCCCCAGGGUCGUGGGGCAGGCGCGCGUAGGACCCUCCCUUAAGCGUGCUCUCUAGUCUGGGAUCGUGACACUGGUCUUACCGAAAGCUUGAAGAAUGACCAGGGUGGUGAUGAAAUUGAUCCGGGAGAAAAGAGGGGGGCAAGUUCUGAGAAUGACUUGCAACAGCAGCAGCAGCAGCAGCAGCGAGAGAAGGGGGCCCAAUGUUUUUGCCGCCGCAUCAUUGUCCUUGUUUUACCCCGAACCCGGGUCAUUGUAAUCCAUGAUGGCGCUGGCCGACUUGGAUAGACGGACAGGCUAUUAUUUC